AUGGCAGCUGCAGCGACCCAUACCGCUCUUCCAGCCUCGCCUGACCCUUCCUCGCCCCCACCUCCGCCGCCUGUCGAGCACGCCUCGUCGACUGUCGAGCCGCACGGCGAUGCUGCGAGAGAGUCGACGCAUCUUGAGACUACCGCCGAGGCGACCUUGGGCGCAGGAGCGGGUCCAGCGGUCUCGCCUCCUCAUCCAGAGGGGACAGUGCAGGCGCUAGGAACGGGCGAGCAGGAGGACAAGGGCGGUGAAGCGCAGCAGGCUGUUCAGCAGGAGCUACUGGAAAGGCGAGCCGCAGCGCAGGGCCCGCUGAUUGUCGAGCCGGACCAGGAGGAUGGCUUCGGUGACCAGGCGGCGACGGUGACCACCAGCAGCAACAACAGCAGUCUUCUUCCGCCUCCGUCGCCCAAUCCCUACGGCGAGCCCACCCCGCCAUCCCGAACAGCCGAACUCCCCGUCUCCCCGCUUGCCGUCUCGACUUCUCUGCCUGAAUCUACCUCGACUCCCUCUCCAGAACUCGUCACGGCAGUCCCAGCGACUCCGACUUCUCCUCCCCAGCUUCAGCUCAAGACGCACCCCGCCGACCUCGUCUCGCUCUCGAACCCGGAUCCUCAUGGUCCGUCAGUCCCGUCGACGCCGAUCUCGCCCUCUGGAGGGGAUGCAGGGCACGGCGACGAGGCCGAGGAGAAUGCGCGAGGGAGUCUGCCAUCGUUCGAUGUGCAGCCGGCUGCGGUCGAUGACGCAAAGGACGGGAAGGAUGCGGGACCAAGUGUCGAAGAAUCGAGCCUGGAGAAGCGGGACAGCCGGUCUUACGGCGCGGUACGGAGUAUGGAUUACGGUCGGAUGAAUGGACACGCAGCCCAGCAGUCGGACGACUCCGAUACCGUCGAGGCACUCCACCCCGCCGCCCUCGCUCGAGGACCUUCGACCUCGUCUCCCCGCCAGUCUCCCGCUUCACAAUACACCGCCGGCACUCUCCCUCCUUUCUCCACCGAUGCCUCGCCAUCUCGCGCAGCCUACCACGGCCGUUCGCAGUCCAUCGCUGUUCCGCAAACAACCCCUCCGCCUCCCUCUUUCCGCGACCGUAACGUCGACCGCUCCCCCUCCGCCCGCAUUCCUCCUUCUCCUACUCCAGUAGAACGCGUUCGUGCCUUUUCGACGGCACCAAACGGCCUCGCAUCCGAUCCUGCGUCUUCCCUCUCGCGCGAAGCGAGUCAACGGACCCGAACAGGCUCGCAGCCUCCUUCUCGACAGCCCAGUAUCUCAACGAACGGUGGCGGCGGCGGCGGUUCCAUGUCCCGACGAGAAGGACGGGAUGGGAAGGGCAGGGAGAGGGAGAGGGAGAGGUCGGGAGACUUGGCGCCGCAGGGAUCGGUCAGUUCGAGGAGUAGGCGGACGCUCGGCGAGUGGCAGAUGACGAAGACGCUUGGGGCGGGAAGUAUGGGCAAGGUCAAGCUUGGAGUGAGCACCGUGACGGGAGAGAAGGUCGCAAUCAAGAUCAUCCCGCGCUUUACGUCGACGGCUGCAGCGCAGCGUCAAGCCGAGCAGGGUCAACAAGCUCAGCACGCCGCCGCUGUCGCACCGUCCGAUCCGCACGCCACGGCUGCGGCGAAGAAGUCGGAGCCGACAGGCUCGUUUCUGCAGAAGGCGGCGGCGAAGGAUGCGAGCAAGGAGGUCAGGACGGUCCGGGAAGGCAGCUUGUGCCUGCUCUUGCAUCACCCGUACAUUUGCGGGAUGCGCGAGAUGCUCGUCUACCCUCAUCACUACUACUUUGUUCAGGAGUACAUCAACGGCGGUCAGAUGCUCGACUACAUCAUCUCGCACGGCCGCCUACGGGAACGGAGCGCCCGCAAGUUUGCUCGGCAGAUCGGCAGCGCGCUCGAGUACUGCCACGCCAACUCGAUCGUCCAUCGCGACCUCAAGAUCGAGAACAUCCUCAUUUCGAAGACGGGCAACAUCAAGAUCAUCGACUUCGGCCUUUCCAACCUCUACUCGCCCAUCUCGCACCUCUCGACCUUCUGCGGCUCGCUCUACUUCGCCGCGCCCGAGCUGCUCAACGCGAAACCGUACACAGGCCCCGAAGUCGACGUCUGGUCGUUCGGCAUCGUUCUCUACGUCCUCGUCUGUGGCAAGGUCCCGUUCGACGACCAGAGUAUGCCAGCUCUGCAUGCGAAAAUCAAGCGCGGCCAGGUCGAAUACCCGACUUGGCUCAGUUCCGAGUGCAAGCAUCUCCUUUCCCGCAUGCUCGUCACCGUCCCCGCCCAGCGCGCGACAUUGACGGAAGUCCUCAACCACCCCUGGAUCCUCAAGGGCUUCACUUCGCCGCCCGACCCUCACAUUCCUGCACGAGCGCCUCUUCGCUUCGGUGAGCUCGACGAGGAAGUCAUCCGCGGCAUGACGGGCUUCGAGUUCGGCACGGAGGAGCAGAUUGCGGCCAAGCUGGGCGAUGUGAUCCAAAGUGACCUCUACCGGCAGGCCGUGCGGAACUGGGAGGCGCGAAGGAGCACGUUCGGGACCGGAGGAGGCGAUGCGAGCGACAGCGACAAGGACCGGCCGGCGAUGCGUGUUGACGGGAAGGACAUGAAGCGGGCGUCGACGAAGCGGUUUUCGGGUCUCGGGUUCUACGGCAAGAAGCUGGCAGGCGGGUUCAAUGCUGCGUUCGCUGGCACGUCCGCCCCUCCUUCGCGCAACGCCGACAACGACCCCUUCGCCAACAUCUCGCCCGACAUGAACGUCCCCUAUCCGACCAAUGGCGCAGCGCCUCGACCUGACCAGCUCGACCCGACGCGCGGCUUUCACCCGCUCAUCUCGAUCUACUACCUCGUCAAGGAGAAGAUUGAGCGGGAACGGAUCUACGGUCCCGGCGUGUUUGCCUCGUCCACGCUUUCGCUCACCGGUCCUCCGCCUCCGCCUGCACCCGCUCAGGCGUACCAGACAGGCGCCAAUAUCGUCGCUCCUCCAGUCAACGUCGACGUCCGCCCGACCAUGCCGACUCCGCCUGUACCCCUUACGCCGCAGCCUCGCCAGCGUGCGACUGGCGAAGAGUUCGGCGCUAUUCCUGCGACGGCUCCGCCUCGAGCAAACGACUUCGGCUCGACCUCCUCGAACAAGCGCACGAGCUACUUCGGCACCUCGCCUACGCCCGGCUCGCCGGCCAUGUCAUCCUUCCGCCCGCAAGCCGAGUACGAGGCGCCGAGCUCGCCCACGCCUCGCGAGCGCAAGUCGUCGAACCGCAUGAGCAUGAUGCUUGGCUCGUCUGCUGCCGACCGCGAGCGGGAACGGCUGGCAGAGCAGCAGGCUGCUAUCGCGGCGGCGGGCGAUGAUGUACCGCUCGCAAGCGUGGCGAGCCCAUCCAGUCCUGGCGGCUUCGCUCGCAGGUUCAGCUCGCUCCUCGGCAGGUCCUCGCCCGAAAGCGGGUACAAGGGUCACCGACAGCGUGCCAGUAUCGCUACUUCCGGCCACAAGUCGACGACGAAGACGGCUGCAUCGCCGCUUCCACAAGUUUCGGAAGGUGGAUCGCCUUCUUCGACCCUCCGACCGCCUGCGACGCCGACACCAGGCCGUCUGCCCUCCUCCGGCUCAGACGUUCCUCUCGCCAGUCCGCCUGAUGGCAAGCCCGUCGUUCGCGCCAGCACAGUCGGCGAGAUCUCGCCAAGCCGGCAUCAGCGCGGCGCUUCCAUCGCGGCAGCUGCGUCGCCUCUUUCGCAGUCGGUCGCGACGGGCGAUGCAGCGACUAUCGGACGAGCAGGCGGUGCGUUCCUCGAGCGACAACGACAAGCCUCGCUCGGAGCCAAGCCGCCGCGACCGAAGACGUCGAACGACAUUGCCGGGAUGUUCAGUGAGGUCGAGGAGGAAGAGCUGGCGGAUCAUGCGGAGGCGCAGGCUGGUGCGGGACCAUCACCCGAGUCGCCGAGCAACGCACGGCCGCAUGUCGGCUUCAUCGGCAGGACCUCGUCGGGCUCGUCGGGCAAGGACGCCGAGAAGAGCGAGAGCGCCAAGCCGGUUUGGCUCAAGGGCCUCUUCUCCGUCAGCACGACCUCGACCAAGCCCAUCGUAACGCUCCGAGCCGACCUCGUCAAGGUCCUCGACCGACUCGGCGUUCAGCACCGCGACGUCAAGAACGGUUUCGAGUGCGCGCAUGUCCCGUCAAUCGUCCUCGGCGCCUCGACUGGCGCGACGGGCAGCGCGUCGAUAUCGCCCGGAGCGAAGGACAAGGGCGUACGCGAGACGCUCAAGCGCCGCGCGAGCAAGUUGUUGCUGUCGCACAAGGACGGCGAGAAGCAGCCUUCGUCGCCGGGCGGCGCAGGAGAGGACUCGCAAACGUCUCUGCCGAUGUCGUCGCUUGACCCGCGCGGUGAUCGCGCUUCGUCGUCGUCUUUCCACACGCCGCUGUCGCACAGCGUCCAAGGCGACUCCAGCUCGCGACCUGGAACGGCCGGCACCAUCCAGCCGUCGACUCAGCCGCCCACAGCGUCUCGCUUCGAUCCACCGGCCUCGACGAGCACGAGCCAGAACAAGAGCGACAUGAUUGUCCGCUUCGAGAUCUUCCUCGUCAAGAUGCCGCUUUUGCCGGGCAUUCACGGCUUGCAGUUCCGCCGCAUUGGAGGAGACGCCUGGCAGUACCAGAUGCUCGCCCGCCGAGUCCUUCAAGAGAUGAAGCUCUAG